UAUGUGCAAAAAAUACUGACAAAUAGGUCUGAGUUCUUUUAGAGGGCUGAAAUAGACCAAGUGUGAAAAUGCUCUUUGUCUUACUUCAUAUCUUUAGUCGAUAGGGAUAUUGUGCAAGUGUGUGUGUGUGUGUGUGGUUGUGUGUGUGUGUAAGGUGAGAGAAGUAUACAGUAGAGGGUAUUUAAACACACUUAAAAGCAGAACAGCUCCAUAACUUCUAGCGAGCAGUGUGGGAGCAACAGUCCUUUGAAACCCUUUAACCAGCCAUGGGUGACUAUGGGGACUAUGAAUUCAAUUUGAAUACAAUCAAUUCAACUGACUACGAUAAUUACACACUGCCUGUGCUUCCUGAUAUUUUGGCCCCUACAAUUCAACCGAUCCAGAUCGCGGCUCUGGUCUUCUACGGUCUUGUGGUCCUGUUGGGUGUCCCCGGAAAUGCUCUGGUGGUGUGGGUAACAGGGUUCUGCAUGCCGCGCUCUGCCACCUCCCUCUGGUUCCUGAACCUCGCGCUGGCUGAUCUUCUGUGCUGCCUCUCCCUGCCUCUGCUCAUGGUCCCUAUAGCCCAUGAUGACCACUGGCACUUUGGCUCGCUGGCCUGCACAUUAGUCAAAGGCCUGUUUUACCUGGUGAUGUACUGCAGUGUCCUGCAACUGGUUUUGAUCAGUGUGGAUCGCUGGAUGCUGGUCAGCAGACCCGUCUGGUGUCAGAACAACAGGCGGCCUAAGCGGGCUGUAUGCGUGUGUGUUGCUGUCUGGUGCCUGGCCCUGAUAGGCAGCAUUCCCCAGUUUGUUUACACCAAGGAGAUCAAAGCAGGUGAAGACAAGCGAGAGUGCCUGACAGUACACACUCCACUCAGUGCCUGGCUCGUCACAACCUAUCGCUUCCUGCUGGGAUUCUUCCUCCCUUUCCUGGUGAUUGUAGUGUGUCACCUGAUGGUGUACAGGAGAACACAGAGCGGACUGACACGAGCUCGGACCCGCUCCAAGCGCACACUGAGGGUCAUCCUUGCUGUGGUGCUGAGCUUCUUCCUCUGCUGGCUCCCACUACACAUUGUGGACUUUCUCUCAUUGACGGUCCCUCGGAAAUCCACUCACAGUCCCAAAGUUUACCUGGCACAGGUUUUAGCACUCUGUUUGGCAUAUUUCAACAGUUGCCUGAACCCGCUGCUCUAUGUGUGCCUGGGCCGGGGCUUCAAAGAGAGCAUGAACCGCUCACUGCGCAGCAUGCUCCAGUUCAUCAGCGAGGAUCCUAUGACCAGGAUGAGCAUCACUAAUAACGACACAAAGAGUUCGAGCAACGUGAAUGAGACAACUAACAAUGUGAUGUUGUAGCUAUUGAGUUUGAUACAAAGUGUGUAGUACACACUGGUCAAAUAAACUGAAGAAGAACAAACUUCAACAUGUGUGAACAGCAACCUCUGCUGUUUUUAUAUGAUUUUAUAUUCUAUUUUGAGAAGGAUUUUUGCUAAUGCAGCUGAAAAGCAUAUGCAAAGAUGUUAUCCUGACUGCCUCAGGAAUGAAAAUCAGGAACUGUUUUUUUUCUAAAUGAUUUGCCAAUCUGCAAUAUUUCCUGUGAACAUUCGUGUCUAAUGCUGUUGCAACUUUUCCCACUUCUGUUUUUUGCUCCUACACAAGGAUGAUCAUCUUAGACUGUUUAUAGGCAUAUUGUCAUUAGUAGGAAUGUAGAAAUGGCCUGAGUCUGUAUAACUUUUAGUUGUAAUUCAAGUUUGUUGUCAGAAAUAUAAUUUUAUAUUAAUAAAUAAGAAUUUCUUUUUAUACCUGUAAGACACAGCCACGUCCUCUUGUGUAACAGUACUAUGCAUAGACCACAGGAGGGAGCUACACUCUAAAUCGCUGAUGUUCAGUGGCCAAGGUGCAGAUGCAUGUAGCUUCUGGGCUGAGACCCAUUGUUUUAGUGUGUCAGACCCUAAAGACAAAAGAGACAAUUUAGGGAUGUUUGUAAGUUGGUCAAAUACAUUCAGUUCAAACAAAUGCCCCUUUUCGCAUGUCUACAGAAGUCUAUGAAAUGUAAAUUCAUUAGCAUUUUUUACUACUUGCCUAAUUUAUGAUUUAUGAUGCUUCAGAUGGAUCUUGUUGUACCAGAGCAAUUUAAGAUUAAAUAAAACAAUAACAAUGUACCAAAAUUAGGAGCAAAAUCGCUUUUAUUUACAAACUACAUUCAUUCCAAACAAGGCCACAUUAUGGUAUAUACAAAAGCAUACAUAUUUACAAGAGUGUCCAAGUCUGAGUCCCUAUGUUUCAGUGAAUCUGUGCACUUAUACAUACUGUAUGUGCAUGCAUGUAUACUGGUACCUCACUAUGGCCUCUACUAAACCCAUUCCUGACUCACA